GGCGGUGAGGACGUUCCUGGCGCCACAACGACUCCAUUUUCUACUUUAGCGCCUUUUUUUUUUAAAUUUUUAAUCGUCUUUAUCGUCGUCCUAUUCUUUAUCGCCUCUCACUCCGCCAGCGUCAAAACGCGCUUGUCGUCGUCGUCGUCGAAGGACGGAAGUAGUCGGGACGUGGUCACGUGACCGCCGUGCACGCGCACCGUCCACCGACGCCCCGCUUCGGAACCGAGAGCGAGCCGCCGCGCGGAGGGUUCCGUCUCGAUGCUGGACAAGCUGAAGCCCGUGGCCCAGUUCGAGCCGGCGAUGGCGCUCAGCAAGACGGCGAGCUGGCUCCGGGAGCAGCUGGACGCGCGCCGGGACUCCCUGCUGGUGGUGGACUGCCGCCGCCAGGACGUGUUCGAGUCCUCGCACGUCCCCAGCGCCGUCAACGUGGCCAUCCCCGGACUCCUGCUGCGCCGCCUCAAGAAGGGCAACCUGCCCGUCACGGCGCUGCUCUCCGACGGGCCCGACCGGGAGCGCUUCGUCCGCCGCUGCAGGAGCGCCACCGUCGUCCUGUACGACGAGCACAGCCGGGACUGGAACGAGAACCUGGACGGAGGCUCCGUGCUGGGGCUGCUCCUCCGCCGGAUGAAGGACGACGGCUACAAGGCCUUCUACCUGGAGGGCGGCUUCAGUAAAUUCCAGUCGGACUUUCCCAACCUGUGCGAGACCAACCUGGACCCUUCCAAGUGCAGCCCCCCCACAGCUCAGGUGCUGGGCCUGGGCGGCCUCCGGAUCAGCUCGGACUCGUCGGACAUCGAGUCCGACGCGGAUCCGAGCAGCGCCACCGACUCGGACGGCAGCCCGCUGUCCAACCCGCAGCCGUCCUUCCCCGUGGAGAUCCUGCCCCACCUCUACCUGGGCUGCGCCAAGGACUCCACCAACCUGGACGUGCUGGAGGAGUACGGCAUCAAGUACAUCCUCAACGUCACGCCCAACCUGCCCAACCUCUUCGAGAACGCCGGCCAGUUCAAGUACAAGCAGAUCCCCAUCUCCGACCACUGGAGCCAGAACCUGUCGCAGUUCUUCCCCGAGGCCAUCAGCUUCAUCGAUGAAGCCCGGGGGCAGAAGUGCGGCGUCCUGGUGCACUGCCUGGCGGGCAUCAGCCGCUCGGUGACGGUGACGGUGGCGUACCUGAUGCACAAGCUGCGGCUGUCCAUGAACGAGGCCUACGACAUCGUCAAGAUGAAGAAGUCCAACAUCUCGCCCAACUUCAACUUCAUGGGUCAGCUGCUGGACUUUGAGCGCACGCUGGGCCUCAAGAGUCCCUGCGACAAUCGCCUGGCCCCGCCCCUCUACUUCACCACGCCCACCAACCACAACGUCUUCCAGCUGGACCCCCUGGAGUCCACGUGAGGACCGCCCAGGUUCCUGCAACGCUGCCAGAGGGUUCUCCUUUUUCCCGCCCGGGCCACUUGUAGACACGCGGGGGCUGAUGGACGGACCACGACGUCUUCUCAAAGGAGGACUGUGUUUGUGUGAAAGGAGAACAAGGAGGACUGUAUUUGUGUGAAAGGAGAACAAGGAGGACUGUGUUUGUGUGAAAGGAGAACAAGGAGGACUGUAUUUGUGUGAAAGGAGAACAAGGAGGACUGUGUUUGUGUGAAAGGAGAACGAGGUGGACUGUAUUUGUGUGAAAGGAGAACAAGGUGGACUGUAUCUGUGUGAAAGGAGAGCAAGGAGGACUGUAUUUGUGUGAAAGGAGAACAAGGAGGACUGUAUUUGUGUGAAAGGAGAACAAGGAGGACUGUAUUUGUGUGAAAAAAGAACGAGGUGGACUGUAUUUGUGUGAAAGGAGAACAAGGAGGACUGCGUCUGUGUGAAAGGAGAACAAGGUGGACUGUGUUUGUGUGAAAAAAGAACAAGGUGGACUGUAUUUGUGUGAAAGGAGAACGAGGUGGACUGUAUCUGUGUAAAAGGAGAACAAAGUGGACUGUGUUUGUGUGAAAAAAGAACAAGGUGGACUGUAUUUGUGUGAAAGGAGAACGAGGUGGACUGUAUUUGUGUGAAAGGAGAACAAGGAAGACUGUGUUUGUGUGGAAGGAAAACAAGGAGGACUGUAUUUGUGUGAAAAAAGAACGAGGUGGACUGUAUUUGUGUGAAAGGAGAACAAGGAGGACUGUAUUUGUGUGAAAAAAGAACGAGGUGGACUGUAUUUGUGUGAAAGGAGAACAAGGAGGACUGCGUCUGUGUGAAAGGAGAACAAGGUGGACUGUGUUUGUGUGAAAGGAGAACAAGGUGGACUGUGUUUGUGUGAAAGGAGAACAAGGUGGACUGUAUUUGUGUGAAAGGAGAACAAGGUGGACUGUAUCUGUAUGAAAGGAGAACAAGGUGGACUGUAUUUGUGUGAAAGGAGAACAAGGUGGACUGUAUUUGUGUGAAAGGAGAACAAGCUGGACUGUAUCUGUAUGAAAGGAGAACAAGGUGGACUGUAUUUGUGUGAAAGGAGAACAAGGUGGACUGUAUUUGUGUGAAAGGAGAACAAAAAUGGACAGCUGGUGUGCCAAAGCUUGUUCCAACUGGCCUUUAGCUUCUGGACUAGAAGGUCUCCAGGACACGUGGACUGGUCUUCUGUGAAGACUUGCCAGUGUUGGACAAAGUGGUUGAGGUCCUUUCACACAACAAGACGUGCACACAGUGGAGCCAUGCUGGACGUUUCCAUGACGAUGCCAACAGGAUGGUAGUGAUGUCGUCCUCCUUCACAAAAGGUCCCGCCGCCAGUCGGCCUUACUUCCCGCCUCCAGGGGGCGUCGACCACGUGUCAUGUGACCUCCCCGCCUAGGACUGCUGGUGGCGAUGGUUUAAAUCCUGGAGGCAAACAGGCGGGACGCUUCUUCAGGGAAAAUGUGUGUGAGAAACUACAAUAAUGUGGACACUACCAUGGCCACGCCCCCUCCCUAAGCUCCGCCUAUGAAUGUAAAGAAUAUAACUUAUUAUUAAUAAAUGCAUAUUUUGUCUACACUCA